AUGCCAUCCAUCACAUCGUUCAAUGGGGACUCUGACCCCAAAAGCCAUUGGAAGCACUUCAAGAGCACCAUGAUCCUGUACAAGGCAGACGACGUUGUGAUGUGCAAGGUAUUCCCAAUGACCAUGCAUGGAGUAGCUCAGGACUGGUUUCACACUCUAUCGUCCACAUCGAUCAGCAGUUUCAAGGAAUUUGCCCUCAUUUUCACAAAGAAGCACACUUCCUGCUGGACGGUCAGAAAACACCCAAACCACAUCUUUAACCUACACAAGAAACCAGACGAGUCUAUUCAAGACUACCUCAAAAGAUUCAAGGCUCAAAAGGCGAACAUUAUAGGAUGCGAUGAUCGAAUUGAAUCCUUGACUUUCAAGAAGGGCUUGCUAGCCGAGUACGAGCUAUACCGUGAGCAGACCAUCACUCUGAGCCAAACCCUGACAGAAGUCUUCGUGACGGCAGGGCACUACGCAUUCUAG